UUAUUUUUACCCCAUCCCCAUCAACCCCUUUCCCGAACCCAACUCCGUUUCCUUGCCCCCCAAGGUUCGAAUUUUCCCCCGGUUCAAUUCUCUGAGAAGUGUUUAAGAGGAUUUGUUGUCGUCGUCGGUGGUGAUCAUGCCGACGAUGGACUACCAGGGUUCGUCCCUCCCCUUUGCCUCCAUCGGGCGUUCCAUCCUCAGCAUCCGCCGCGACCAGGUGCACACCGUUCACGCCGGCCGACACCAUGACCCCGCCGCCCUCGACCUCGAUCUCGAGGCCCUCCAGAAGCGCGUCGCCGACCUCUUCCUUGACCUCUCUUCCUCUGACGACGAUCUGCUCUCCCUCGCCUGGGUCCGCAAGCUGCUCGACGGCUUCCUCGUCUGCCAGGAGGAGUUUCGCGGGAUCCUCUUCGGCUGCAGCCAGGGCCGGCGGGUGAACCUCUCCCGGCCCCCCCUUGACCGCCUCCUCUCCGACUACUUUGACCGCGCCGUCAAGGCCCUCGACGUCUGCAAUGCCGUCCGCGACGGCAUCGACCAGCUCCGUCGGUGGCGCCGGCACCUCGAGAUCGCCCUCGCCGCUCUCAGCGGCGGCGGCCGGACCCUCGGCGAGGGCCAGCUCCGCCGCGCCCGCAAGGCCCUCACCGAACUCGCCAUCCUCAUGAUCGACGAGAAGGAGGCCGGCGGCGGGUCCGUCCUGACCCUCCGCAAUCGCUCCUUCGGCCGCGCCGGCAAGGAGCCGCCCCACCACCGCCGAGCCGGCAGCGGUGGGGCCGCCGUAUCCUCCUCGGGGCACCACCGUUCCCUCUCUUGGAGCGUCUCCCGGUCGUGGUCCGCCGCGCGGCAGCUCCAAGCGAUCGGAAACAAUCUCACCCCUCCUAGGGGCAACGAGGUUACCGCCACCAACGGCCUCGCCGUCCCCGUCUUCACCAUGAGCUCUGUGCUCUUCUUCGUGAUGUGGGCGCUCGUGGCGGCGAUCCCGUGUCAGGACCGCGGCCUCCAGACCCACUUCUGGGUUCCCCGGAACUUCUCCUGGGCCGCCUCCAUCACGUCGCUUCACGACCGAAUCUUCGAGGAAUCAAAAAGGAAGGAGAGGAAGAGCUCAUGCGGGAUGCUAAAGGAGAUCCACCAUAUGGAGAAGUGCAUCCGCCACCUGACAGAGUUGCUGGACCCGGUUGACUUCCCAUGGACGGAGGGGAAGGAGACGGAGCUGAGGCAGGGGGUGGAAGAGCUAGCGGAGGUCUGCAACACCAUGAAAGACGGCUUAGAACAACUGGAGCGCCAGGUGCGGGAGGUCUUCCUUAGGACGGUGAGGAGCCGAACGGAAGGCCUCGACUGCCUCAGCAAAUCCCACCAUCCCGAGUGAAUUGUCACCGGGAAGUGCCAAAUCCGCAGCUUUCGGCGAUGCUGCGUCUACAAAUCGAUCCUCGAAGAAGGCAAGAUCGAAGAUUAGAUGAUGAACCAAGUGUCUUCUUCCGAUGAUAAAGCAGGAGGUGGUGAGUAUUCUUUGCAUUUAGGUUGUGUCACAGGUUGUGUAGAAACAAUGGGGAGAAAGCAGCAGCUUGCUUGUUAGAUUCUGUUCGAAUAUUUGUCAUGUUCAUCUUCAACAACAAGUCUCAUAAUCGUGAAGUCCUCAAAAUAGUAGCAAGCUGUGGGAAUGACUUAUCUUUUUGUAUACAGUGUUUUUGUGUUUUCUUCUUGUUGAUUACUCCUAAUUUGUUCUUUCUUUCUC